CAUCCCCGCAAGUCGACCUCAGAGCACCCCAUGUAUAACUUCAGAAGAGUCAGAGCAGAGAGCGGGGUCUGAACUAUAGUUGCACACGUAUAACUUUUAAAACAUUUUCCAUUCUUUUGCGAACACUAUAUCUGUGAACUGCACUACUGACAACCUCAUUUAACCACUUUUCUGAAGUCAAGCCUGUCACUGAGCGGAGAUGCUGUCGGCGGCGGUUCGUUUGCAUUAUAUGGGACUGGCAUUAUACGUGGUGGUCUUCAUCAGCUGCUUUAUCCGGACGCAUGCGGCGACGUGCGGAGCGAGGCAGUUCCAGUGCGGCAACGGGAAGUGCAUCACCAACAAAUGGGUGUGCGACAACACGGACGACUGCGGGGACGGCACCGACGAGCUGCCCGCCGCGUGCGAGGCCAAAACCUGUGGACCCACCGAGUUCAGCUGCGGAGGGAGACUAAACCAGUGUGUGCCCGGUUCCUGGCGCUGCGACGGGAAGGCGGACUGUGACAACCAGGCUGACGAGACCAACUGUGUGCCCAGGAACUGCACGGACGACGAGUUCCGCUGCCGCAGCGGCCAGUGCGUGUCGGUGUCCUUCGUGUGCGACGAGGAGGCCGACUGCGAGGACGGCAGCGACGAGGACAGCUGCCCGCCGGCCACCUGCAGCGCCGCCUCCUUCCAGUGCAACAACACCGUGUGCGUGCCGCGCCUCUGGGCCUGCGACGGCGACAAGGACUGCGCCGACGGCUCCGACGAGUGGCCCCAGAACUGCGGCGGGCGGGAGCCCACCGGCCCCGCCACGCCCUGCUCCUCGCUGGAGUUCCACUGCGGCAGCGGCGAGUGCAUCCACAGCAGCUGGAGGUGCGAUGGGGGCGUGGACUGUGUCGACCACUCCGACGAGGCGAACUGCAGCCGCCCCGCCUGCCGGCCGGAUGAGUUCCAGUGCAAUGACGGCACGUGUAUCCACGGCAGCCGGCAGUGCGACCGCGAGUACGACUGCAAGGACCUCAGCGACGAGCAGGGCUGCGUCAACGUGACCACGUGUGACAGCCCCACGAGGUUCAAAUGCCGCAGCGGAGAGUGCAUCAGCAUGGACAAGGUGUGCAACAAGCAGCGGGACUGCAGGGACUGGAGCGACGAGCCCAUCAAGGAGUGCGGUACCAAUGAGUGCAUUUACAACAAUGGCGGCUGCUCCCACAUCUGCAACGACCUGACACUCGGGUACGAGUGCCGGUGCCCCUCCGGCUUCCGGCUGGUGGACAAGAAACGCUGCGAAGACAUAAAUGAGUGUGAAAACCCCGACACCUGCAGCCAGAUCUGCGUCAACCUGGAGGGCAGCUACAAGUGCGAGUGCGAGGAGGGCUACCAGAUCGAACCGGGGACCAAAGCCUGCAAGGCCAUCGGCACGGUGGCCUACCUGUUCUUCACCAACCGCCACGAGGUGCGGAAGAUGACCCUGGACCGCAGCGAGUACACGCGCUUCAUCCCUCGCCUCAAGAACGUGGUGGCCCUCGACAUGGACAUCCCCACCCGCAAGAUCUACUGGUCCGACCUCUCCCAGAAGAAGAUCUACAGCACGCACAUGGACACGGCCGGCAACUCCUCUCACCACAACACUGUGAUCGAGAGCGGCAUCGAGGCGCCCGAGGGCAUCGCCGUCGACUGGAUCCACGGCAACAUCUACUGGACCGACAGCGUGUACGGCAGCAUCUCCGUGGCAACGGCGGACGGGACCCGCCGCAAGACUCUCAUCAAGCAGGACCUGACCAAGCCUCGCGCCAUCGUGGUCGACCCCGCCCACAACUUUAUGUACUGGACAGACUGGGGCACUCCAGCUAAGAUCGAGAAGGGGGGUCUGAAUGGAGUUGACCGCAUCCCUCUGGUGACGGAAGACAUCGAGUGGCCCAACGGCAUCACCCUUGACAUGCUGAACCAGCGGCUGUACUGGGUUGACUCCAAGCUGCACACCCUCUCCAGCAUCGACGUCCAGGGGGGUGGACGCCGAACACUGAUCCUGGACCAGCACAAGCUGGCCCACCCGCUCUCCCUGACCGUCUUCGAGGAGAGGGUGUUCUGGACCGACACGGAAAACAAUGCCAUCCUGAGUGCCAAUCGUGUGACAGGAGGGGACAUCACAGCGGUGGCUGAAAACCUGGCUUCCCCUGAGGACAUCGUCCUGUACCACAACCUGAAGCAGCCUGCUGGUGUAAACUGGUGUGAGAGGAGCAACAUCCCCAACGGGGGCUGUGAGUUCCUAUGCCUUCCGGCCCCCCAGAUCAACACACACUCCCCCAAAUACACCUGCGCCUGCCCCGACCACAUGGUGCUGGGUCCAGACAUGAGGAAGUGUGUGCCAGCUGGAGAGACGCCCAAAAUCCCCAACCAGCCAGCCCGUCCCUCCACCACUACCGCUGCACCUGUGCCUCGGACCCAUCCUGCCAACCCAGGCAGGGGCAAGUUCGCCCAGACCACCACGGAGCCCAAGGUCACUGGACUGGAAGAGAACCCAAAUGGAUAUGCUGCUAUGCCAAAGACGGACCAAUCCACUCCCACUGCUCUGUACAUCGUGCUGCCCAUUGCUCUCCUGUGCCUGCUGGCCUUCGGCGCUGUGCUGCUGUGGAGGAACUGGAAGCUGAGGAACACCAUCAGCAUCAACUUCGACAACCCUGUCUACCAGAAGACCACGGAGGACGAGGUGCACAUCUGCAGGAGCAGCAGCCAGGAGGGCUACACCUACCCAUCUCGGCAGAUGGUGAGCCUGGAUGAACAGGAAGACAUGGCAUGAUGUCUCACCAGAAAAAGAAAAGAUUGAGAAAGUGGAACCGCAGAGGAGAGUGAAGGUCAUAUUUAUAUGCUGCUCGGGGAUCCUGUCUCUUUUGUUCUGACAACUCAAGCGCAGCCAGACUGCUCUUUGUGACACUGUGGCUUGACAUUACUACGACAUCCCGCUGGGGGACAAAAGAGAAACUCCAGAAGGAAGUGAAACUUCUAUAAAAAGGCCGUCCGUCCGGGUCAUCCCCAACUUCUAUGUUCACACAUGACGUGAGGGGACCGAAACCAAAAAAAAAACCCACCAACAAUGUACACCUCUUAGUUUUUUUCCUUUCUCUUUAUUCCUGCAAAGUUUUUAUGAAUGAAGGAGCGCUAACCCAAAGCGGAAGUACCAGAUGAACCCAAUAUAAGAAUGCGGUUUAAAACAUGUUCUCAGUUUUAUUUUCUGUUUUUAGCAGAGUGGACAGUUAGUAACUGAUGUGAAAAUGUGACCUCAACGAAUGACUGCAACUAUUGAACACCACUUGAAGUCUUACUUUGUUACAUGCUGUUCCCUUUAGAGGUUUUUGUAAAUAACGCAGCUGUGUAUUGUGCUUGUCACAAAGUUGUAUGGCCAAUAUCUAAAUAUUGUACACAUCAUACCUUGCACUAUUUUAGUUUAAUUUUAUUUUUUCUUUAUUAUUUUAAACCAACACAGAAAUCAUGUAAUUUAGAUCCAAGGGCUUUUUUCGUGCCAUACCUAGUCACAAAUCUGCAGUGACCUUUGCACCGCAUGAACCCGUUUACAGUGAAAAUGAGGAGAAAUGAGCUAUGAGAUGAAUGUCAUUUUGUGCAGCGCUAAGUGGUGAACGUUUAACCAUUGUGACCUCGAAAGUUGAAUCAUGUGACAGGAAUACGCACGAUAAGUAAUUCUUUAGCAAGAUUCGAUAUUGCCUCACAUUUUGUGGAUUUUCCAAAGGGACUUUAAACCGUUGUGGUGCAGCACAGUUUUUGAGGGGGUUAGCCCUUUCAGCUUGUGUCUUAAUUUCUUAGUGCCUUGACAAUUCAGGUCGUGUGAAUACCCCAACUCCCUUUGGUGAGGCACGAAAUCAAAUUUGGAAACAUAAUCAUCAAACAAUGUAUUGGAAUAUUUCAGUGAUCAGAGAGGCGAGAAUUGCGUCCAAGACCAAGCUCAUUUUGUAAUUGCUUUAUCACUUUUCCCAUGCAAAGAGUGAUCUGUGUACACGUGUCAGUGCAUGCUCGAAUUUAUUGCGUAGUGCUCUGUAGUGCUAAGACCUAGGAACGUGGCAUUCAUAUGUGUUUAUAGAUAAAAAUUCCUUCCAUUUUUCUAAAAAUAGUGCUUGAUUACAUGCUGUCUUCAAAAAAUGUUCUUUCUUUUGACUUCAGUGUGACUCCCCAACUAAAACCGACAAGCCUUGAGAAAUACCAAUUUGCUUGUAGAAUCCACUAGUCUUCACCCCAGAAGGAAAAACUAGUGGCCCUCUUUUAGAUUUCAUUUUAUUUCAUCUUUGGGAAGUAUCCCUUCUUCUUCAGCUCAGCCUUCCAGCCAUAUCAGCGAAAUCCUCAGAUUUGGUAGAUGUGACAUCACCUGAGAUACCACUUAACUA